AUGGCCAAGGGCGGGAAGAAGAAGGGCGGGAAGCGCAAGCGCCAUGCGUGGGACGACGAGGACAAGCAGCCGGCGAUGGCCACCGAGCCCGCGCCCAAGAAGAAGUUCGACUCGAUGUUCGCGCAGUGGAAGAAGACCAACGUCAACCGGCGCAACACGCAGCGCGACAAGGCGCUCACGUACGAGCAGGUCAAGGCGCAGCAGUACAACGAGCUGCGCAAGGCCACCAAGGGCCGCCGCGGCGACGACGACGAAGACGACGAGCGCGAUGGCAGCGACCAUGGCAGCGGCUCGGGCAGCGACGACAGUGCGUCCGAGGUCGACGAGGACGUUGCACCCACGCGCAAGAAGGCGUCGACGUUCCAGUCGUUU